GACUUUGCAGUUUGUUAGCAGACUGAGUAUAGUGUACUUCUGCUUAAGCAGGUGAGAGAAGGGAAAUGGGAUUUAUUUACAACUUUCCAUUUGGAUAAGAAAAAUAAUGUAAAAUAUUCUUGUGCUCUGCACAUUAGUGCAUCCACAGUUUCUAGACUUACUCAAAAAUGUCAAGGAUAGUGGAUCCCAGAAUUUUCCUGCUAGUACUUUCAUUUUUAACAAGCCUACGGAGUACAAAGGUACUUUCAGAAUGGAAGAAAUGUGGUGAUUGGGAAUGUGAGACGGCAAUGAGCAGAGUUCAAGCCACCGCAGAUUAUUUGGGACCUGACUGCCGGUAUCUGAGCUUCAAAGCAGGGGAGGAGAUAACUGUGUAUUCCAAACUUUCCAGGAAAAAUGAAAAUUUGUGGAUAGGAAGUAAAGGAAAAGACUUUGGAUAUUUCCCAAAAGAUGCUGUGAAGGUUGAGGAAGUUUUAAUUGCAGAAGAAAUUGAAGUGCUCACUAAGGAAACUGAUUUCCUUUGUCUUGAUGGAGACGAGUAUGUUUUUGAAAGCGAAGAUAGCGCAUUACAUCAUCAGAACAAAGAAAGUGAAUAUUCACCACCUGACGCAGAAUCAGAGCUGCAAGAAAAUGAACUCUUAAAUCAGACAGAAGACUCUUUCCAAAAUGAAGAAACAAUUGAAUCAGUUUUUGAAAACGGUUCCAAAGAAUCUCAGAGUCAGGAGUCUGCAAACAAGGAAUUGGUUAGUGAAAAUGAGAACAGAAAUGAAGAUGCCGAACAGUCAGAACUCCCAAACAGUCUCCCAUUGGAACCCAUUCCAACUCAGUCUAGUUGGGUGGUUUCUGAUAUUGCAGGGUGGUUCACCACGAGAAGUGAAAAUGAUGAAGAGACCUUAAAAGCCAUUUCUGAACCGUCAGAAGAAAACAGUUACCAAGGCAGAAAAAUAGCAGUAACUACUGACAAUGACUUAGAGGAGCCACAUGACAAGGAGGAACAAGAGCCCAGUGCAUCUGGUUGGCUUCAGGGUGGACUGAAGGAUUUUCUAUAUUUUGGUAAAGAGAACGUGAAUGUUGGUUUGGUACCAGAAAAUGAUGUACAAGUCCAUGAUGUUUCUAGGGUGGAUACUCACUCCUACAAUGAACAUGACACAGCAGCCACAGAGUUAUCGACAGAAAAAGAACAAAAUAGUGACAGUCGAGAAUCCACAUCAAAUUGGUUUAGUUUGGGUUUAAGCAAUGUUCUAAAUUUUGGGCAGGCUGAGAAAAAUACAGAUGCUAUGGAAGACCAUGAAAGCAAAGAAAGAGAAGAUGAAGCAAGUAAGAAUGAAGAAAUACAGACUUUAAACCAGCAAGAAUCACACACAGACAAAGAAUCAAAUGAGACAGUCAAAGGAGUGUUAGAUGAAGCAAAUGAGAGUUAUGCACCAGAAGUAACAGAUUCAAACAGCAGCAUGCCAAAUGCCAGGGAGAUAACAGCAAAUCCUAAUGAUACCAAAAAUACCUCAAGCAGCACAGGAUUAUCUCUUGAUAAAUUAAUAUGUGAUGGAGAAGAUCCAGUUGAUCCCUGCAGUUCAGAACAAGAUGUGGUAUCAGUAAGUCAACUGCUAAAAAACACUGAAGAUAGAGAUCCAGAGUUGGAAAGAAACUACGGCCAGCCAGGAGUGGGUGGUAAAAGAAGGCUGCUGGAAAAAAAGCCAGAGGAUAAAUAUGAAAUGGAUGCACCUAUUGACAGGGAGCAACAUUCAGAAGAAACAGUGAUCCCUUCAGUAAAUUCUGAAGAAAAAAUGCCAAGCUUAGCAGCUGAUUUUCAACAUGAUGGUGAAAAGCCUUUCUCAGAUAACAUUUUCCAAAUUCAGAACUACAUUCCAGAUAAUGACGUAGGCUGGAUAAAUCAGAUACUUCUGUGCCUGAGUGCUUUUGAGAUGGGGGCACUGGUAAAGACUGUUUUUUCAGCAAUUACAAGUCCUGUCAAAGAGGCUGUGGCAUCGCUGCCUGAAGACAUGAGACCGGGACCUGAUCUCUAUGGUUUCCCUUGGGAACUAGUGAUCGCUGUCAGCAUCGCUGGAGCCUUUACAAUUUUCCUGUUCCUAUAUAGAAGUUAUCAGUCAGUUAGAAGUCGACUUUAUGUAGGAAGGGAAAAACAGCUUGCCAAUAAAAUUGCUGAACUAGUUGAAGAGAAAUGCAAAAUUCUUGAGAAACUCAGCCUUAGCAAAAAAGAGUUGGAAGAUUUAGAAUUGUCUCUAAAGGAUGACAACAUUAUGAAAGAAUCAGAUGCAUCUCUUUUUGAGGAAACACAUGAACAACUGAACAAAUCGAACUUGGAACUCAACCAAGAAAUAGAGAAUCUGGAAAAGGAACUGGAAGAAGAAAAAUCCAAGCAAUCAGAAAAUGAUAAAUUGGUGGCUGAAAUUCAGGAAAGACUGGAAUCUCUGGAGAAAGAGGCAAAAUCUAUCCAAUCACAAGUUGCUGAGGCCAAGUCCACCCUAAAAGUAUAUCAGAUUAAUACAGAGAGACUCAAGACAUCUCUUCAAGAUGCCAUAGAUGAAAACCACCAGCUUCAGGAGAGUGAGAAGCAGCUUUUACAAGAAGCCGAAGGAUGGGGUGAACGAUUUAGUGAACUAAAUGAACAAACUAAGAUGUUUGAAUCUUCUAAAGCAGAUAUAGAAGAAGUAUUGAAAGAUAAAGAGAGUCAAGUCAAGUCACUGACACAGUACUUGUUAAAGAUGAAAGACUGGAGUUCAGCAGUCAGAGAUGACGAUGAUGCUGAAGAUAACCACUGGGACACUGAUUUAAAGGGUGAAACAGAAAAUGGAGAGCAUUUAGAUGAUCAGCAAAAACGAACCAUAAAGAAAUUGAUCUAUGCUGCAAAGUUAAAUGCUUGUUUAAAGACCAUGGAAACAGAGAGAGAUCAAAUGUAUUCAAAAUUGUCUGAUGAAAGUAAAGCUAAGGGAGAACUAACAGAGCGUAUAGAAAACCUCCAAAGUGAACAGGUUUCCUUACAAUCUGAAAAUGAACGAUUGGAAAGUGAAGUUCAAAAGCUUCAGCAGAAACUUAAAGUUAUGACUGAGCUUUAUCAAGAAAAUGAAAUGAAACUACACAGAAAACUGACAGUAGAAGAGAGAGAACGCCUACAAAAAGAAGAAAAGCUUUCUAAAGUAGAUGAAAAAAUUACUCACGCUGCUGAAGAACUAAACAGCUACAGACUGAGAGCAAAAGAUCUGGAAGAAGAGCUAGAACGAACCAUUCGCUCUUAUCAGAAUCAGAUUACCUCACAUGAGAAGAAAGCUCAUGAUAAUUGGCUGACAGCUCGUGCAGCUGAAAGACAACUCAAUGAUAUAAGAAAAGAAAACGCUCAUAACCGACAAAAAUUAACUGAAGCAGAAUUUAAACUUGACCUUUUAGAAAAAGAUCCUUAUGCUCUUGAUGUUCCAGUUAGACCAUUCAGAGAGCAUUCCCCAUAUGGACCCUCACCAAUGGGCCGGCCUUCAUCUGAAACAAGAGCUUUUCUUUCCCCUCCAACUUUAUUGGAGGGUCCUUUAAGGCUUUCACCUAUGCUUCCAGGUGCAGGAGGAGGAAGAGGAUCUAGAGGACCAGGAUCGACUGUCAUGUAUGAAGGCAGCAAUGAACGAGGAGACGUGAGUUCUGAUAGAUUAACUGAUCCCCACAGACCACCAUCAGAUACUGGAUCUCUGUCUCCUCCCUGGGACAGAGAACGCAGAAUAAUUCUGCCUCCAUCAGGUGAGCCUUAUACUGAUGCAGUUCUUCCUCCUCGAAGACAAGAAAGAUUUUUCCCUAAUCCUCCAAAUACUGGAAGACUUUCUGGACCAGCAGAGCUGCGGACUUAUAGUAUGCAGUCUUUUGAGAAGACAGAUGGGCAGACAUCUUCAGAAAAUAGCCCGCUAACAGAACCAACUGGAAACGAGAUGAAAGAUCAUUCUAAUCUUAGCAACUCUCUCCCUGAUCAGCUGCUGGCAUCUGAAAGUGAAGCAGUCAGCUCAGGGUUUGCUCCUCCACCUUUCCCUCCAGUCAGACCUCCAAUGAUGCCUAUGGAUCCCCGAGGACCCUUCAUGAGACGACCCCCUUUUCCUCCCCCUCCCCCUGCUGGCAUUUACGGACCACGUGAAUGUUUUCCAGUACGAGACAUGGGGCUUCCACGCCCUCCACUGCCAAUGAGAAAUCCAUUUCCCAUGAGAUCCUUUCCUCACUAUCCACCUCAGCGACCUGAAUUCCUGCGUCCACCCCCACCUCCUGAAAACAGAAUCGAGUCACCUCAGUCAAAUACAUCGGCCACAGAACAACCAGAAACACAACAAGAGACUUGACAGGUGUUUGAGCACCGUGCCAAACCAUUUCUCUACUCUUCUAAUGGCAUUUCUCUUACGUUAAGUAACUGCUGUUACUUAAGUAUAAAUAAACUACUUUGCUCAAAUUGAAGCUUAAUAGAAAAUGUUCAGGAUAGUAUUUUGUAAAUAGAGAACAAAAUAUAACUACAAAUAUUGUGAAUAAGUGAUUUCCAUUGUACAGUAGUCACUUUAAAUUAAGUAUUUCUAAUUUGGGUGAUCUCUUCAGAGGUAUAUAAAAUUAAAUAAUGUGAAUCAUUUUAAAAGUGCAGCUGCUUUGUCCUUGUUUAGCUGUACAGGGAAGCUUUGCAUGCUAAUACUGAUGCUUGCUCAAUGAAUAGAAUGUGAAAAAAACUGAAUAAAUAAAAUGUAAAGAUGAUGAAAUUAAAUAAA